ACAGCUUGUUAAAGCGAACAUUCACGUGUUCCGUCAUAUUAAGAUAGCAGUUGGUUUUAGCACAGCAGACAAAUUGACGAAAAUGUCUGUGGCCGUUGUGUUUUUGUGCAAUUUCCUAAUUGGGACGCUAUCAGGGCUCAUUUUGCCGAUGACCAAGGUUGAUGGCAGCGCCGAUAUAUCCAGCAUCAUAAACCACGUCGCCUCGCUUGAACACACUGUGACUGGUCUGCAGACGACGACUGGGCAGCUGAAAACAGAUCUACAGACCAGUAGGGCACUACAGCAGUCAGCAAAUAGGGAAAUUGCCUAUUUAAAAGAUGAAGUGGCAUCUUUGAAGGCAGAUCUCAGGUUAUCGACAGAAGAACUGAACAUUGUGAAGGCGGAACUUAAGGAUGUCAAGCAGGGCAAUGGUAAUUUUCAGUUGAACCAAACGGGGCUGGAUUCUAUCGGUCUUGUUUUGGCGUCUAACAUGGCACAAGUGAAUACAGUGCAGUCAGAGGUCAAGAUGUUUAGUAAUCAACUGAAACUUGUAAACUCAACGUUGUAUGAUGUAAAGAGAGAAGCAGAUGGAUUUAUUCAAAAGGCAUCGCCAGUAUUCCAGUUAAUUGCACAAAGUCAGUUGAUAGAAAACAUUAAAUCUGCAAAGGUUCUGGCACAGAAUACGUCUAACCAAAUAGCACAGCUUGCGCAAGACAUGAACACAACUACAGCAAACAUGCUGAAUGUCACACAUGUUCUCCAGUCAGUCAAUGCAGGUCUACAAACUGUGAAGAAUAAUCUCAAUCUUACAAGCUCAGACGUCACGACUUUGAAAACUGACAUGGCAGAUGAAAAGAAGCAAACUAUUGACAAUAAGCAGUCCUUGAUACAGAUUUCUCAGACAGUGCAGUCUUUAAUGGGAGAUGUGAGCACAAAUACAGGAAACAUGCUAAGUGUGACGCAUGAUCUACAGUCAGUCAAUGCAGAUCUACAAACUGUGAAGAGUAACCUCAAUCUAACAAACUCGGACGUCACAGCUUUGAAAACUGACAUGGCAGGUGAAAAGAAGCAAACUAUUGACAACAAGAAGUCGCUGACACAGAUUUCACACACGAUACACUCUUUUAUGGGAGAUCUGAAAACAAACAUAGGAAACAUGCUAAAUGUCACAAAUGAUCUGCAGUCAGUCAAUGCAGAUCUACAAACUGUGAAGAGUAAUCUCAGUCUUACAAGCUCAGACGUCACAACUUUGAAAACUGACAUGGCAGGUGAAAAGAAGCAAACUAUUGACAACAAGAAGUCGCUGACACAGAUGUCUCAGACGAUGCAGUCUUUCACGGGAGAUCUGCGCACUAUACAAAACAAUCUCGGUUUGACAAGUUCGGAUGUCAGGAAUUUGAAAAUAAAUAUGUCUACUAUAGCGGGACAGAUCUCAAGCUUUCGUCGAGAACCAAAAACACCAAAUAUAGCAUUCAACGUUUAUCACCCAACAGACCAGGUACCUGGAGCAGACAUUAUCUUUGACUUCAGUCUUUACAAUGCUGGCUCAUGCUACAACACGAGUACAGGGAAGUUCACUGCACCAGUCUCUGGAACAUACAUGUUCUGGACACAGCUGGUGCUGACUGAAUCCGACUCUAAUACGUAUAUGUACAUCAUGAAGACUGGCGGGUGGAUGGCGAUGGACACAGAUAUCAAGGACAAUCAUGCUUCUAUUAUGGUUAUCAAUCAUGUAUUCAAGGGCAAUGAUGUAUGGGUGACAACGUCAAGCUCCCACAACAUCGCUAAGCCAUUUCCGUCCUCACAUUUUGGUGGAGUGCUAUUGUCAGUGGACUAACAUUUGUCUGGAAGAGGGCCUGUACUAGAAUUUACUUAGUAAAGACGGUCAACCUUA